AUGGCUCAACUAGUUGGUUCUGACGAAAUUCUGUUAAUGAGAAAUGAGUUGAGAAGAAGUUUAAGAUCUUUGCUUCGCCACACAACUAGUUUGCGUGCUAAUGCAGAUUUAGAUUAUGUGAACAAUCAUGAUAAGACAGACGAGAAACUACUUCUAGAGUGGGCUGCAAUCGAUAGAUUACCAACCUUUGAACGUUUGAGAUCAUCUUUGUUCGAUGAAGAAGAUGGAGAUGAUGUUAAAAGAAAAAAGGUGGUUGAUGUCACAAAGCUCCUUCCUCCCGAGAGGCACAUGUUUAUUGAGAAGCUCAUCAAACACAUUGAAAAUGACAACCUGCAGCUGUUACAGAAACUGAGAAAACGAACAGACAAAGUUGGUGUUCAGCUGCCAUCUGUGGAAGUACGAUAUAAGAAUCUUUAUGUGGAAGCUGAGUGUGAAAUUGUUCAUGGCAAGCCCCUUCCAACUCUCUGGAACUCUUUGCAAAGUAUGCUUUCGCACCUUGUCAUGAUACCUGGUUUCAAGUCCAAACGGGCUAAGAUAUGCAUCUUGAACAAUAUCAGUGGUGUUAUUAAGCCGGGAAGGAUGACUCUACUUCUUGGUCCUCCAGGAUGCGGGAAGACGUCUUUACUAAAAGCACUCUCAGGAAACCUAAACAAAUCUCUUAAGAUUAGUGGUGAAAUUUCUUACAACGGGUACAAACUAGAAGAAUUUGUCCCUCAGAAAACUUCUGCAUAUAUUAGCCAAGAUGAUUUGCAUAUUCCUGAAAUGACUGUGAGAGAAACACUUGAUUUUUCAUCCUGCUGUCAGGGUACUGGAAGCCGUGCAGAGAUGAUGAUUGAGGUUAAUAAGAGGGAGAAAGAAGGGGGUAUUAUUCCAGAUCCAGAUGUCGACACUUUCAUGAAGGCAAUUUCCAUUGAAGGACAAAAGACAACUCUUCAGACAAACUACAUUCUUAAGAUUCUAGGCCUUGACAUAUGUGCUGACACAAUGUUUGGGGAUGCCAUGAGGAGAGGAAUCUCCGGUGGUCAAAAGAAAAGGUUGACUACAGGGGAGAUGAUUGUUGGUCCCACAAAAGCAUUAUUUAUGGAUGAAAUAUCAAAUGGGCUAGACAGCUCGACUACGUAUCAGAUAAUUGCUUGCCUGCAGCAGUUGUCACAUAUAACAGAUGCUUCUGUACUCAUUUCACUUCUUCAGCCAUCACCGGAAGCCUUUGAUCUCUUUGAUGACAUUAUGCUGAUGGCUGAAGGGAUGAUAGUUUAUCAUGGGCCACGCAGUAAUGUUUUAGAGUAUUUUGAAAAUCUUGGUUUUAAGUGCCCCGAGAGGAAAGGUGUAGCUGACUUCCUACAAGAGGUUGUCUCAAAAAAAGAUCAAGAAAAAUAUUGGUACCGAACUGAACAAGCAUAUAAAUAUGUCACAGUAAACACGUUAUCCAUGAAAUUUAAGGAAUCUUAUCUGGGAAAAGAGUUAAAUGAGGAUAUCUCGAAACAAUUCACAAGAUUGCCGAACCAUGAAAAUGCGAUGUCCUUUGAUGUGUAUUCUCUUUCUAAGUGGGAACUUUUUAAGGCUUGCAUGUCUCGGGAGAUUCUUCUCAUGAAGAGAAAUUCCUUUAUAUACAUCUUCAAGUUCGUCCAGCUAUUCAUAAUUGCAAUAAUCACAAUGACUGUAUUUUUCCGAACCAAAUUGGAGGUUAAUGCCAUCGAUGCAAAUUAUUAUCUUGGUUCACUCUUUUAUGCGCUCGUUAUACUUCUAGUUGAUGGGUUUCCAGAGUUGUCAAUGACGGUUGCAAGACUUCCAGUUUUCUAUAAACAGAGGGAUAUGUACUUCUACCCUGCUUGGGCAUAUGGAAUUCCUGCAUCACUUCUUAAGAUUCCCGUUUCAGUGUUUGUGUCCAUUAUUUGGACAUCUCUCACCUAUUAUGUUAUUGGAUAUAGCCCUGAACCAGGGAGGUUCUUCCGUCAGCUAGUGCUAUUAUUUGCGGUGCACUUUAUGUCAGUAUCCAUGUUCGGAUUCUUUGCCUCAGUUUUCAGAACAGUGGUUGCUUCUACAACUGCAGGCAGUAUAUCAAUAUUGUUUCUGUUAUCGUUUGGUGGCUUCCUUUUACCAUACAAUACAAUGCCAGCUUGGUUAAAGUGGGGAUUUUGGGCUUUUCCAUUGUCAUAUGGAGAAAUAGGCCUUUCACUGAAUGAGUUUCUUUCUCCCAGGUGGAACAAGGCGACAUCUAUGAACACAACCAUAGGGAUACAAAUUCUUCAAAGCCGUGGAUUAGAUUUUGAUGGAUCUUAUUUCUGGAUAUCACUUGGUGCCUUGUUCGGUUUUGCACUGCUAUUCAACAUAGGCUUCAUCAUGGCUUUAAGCUACUUGAAGGCUCCUGGUACCCGUACCAUUAUUUCAAAGGAAAAGCUAAUUCCAGUAAACGGAAGUGAAGUAUCCAAAAACCAGACUAACAAUGACAAAACAACUAAAGAUUCUGUUACUUUUGUCCCCGAGUCUUAUGAAGGAAAGAUGGUGUUACCUUUUGAACCACUAACUGUUACUUUUCAAGACUUACAUUACCAUGUUGAGCCCCCAGCGGAAAUGAGAUUGCAUGGCUUCACCGGGAAAAGACUUCAAUUACUUCAUGAUAUCACGGGGGCUUUUAGGCCUGGUGUUCUUACAGCAUUGAUGGGUGUAAGUGGUGCUGGGAAAACGACACUUCUUGAUGUUCUUUCUGGAAGGAAAACCAGUGGCGUGGUUGAAGGAGAGAUUAAGAUUGGUGGAUAUCCUAAAGUGCAAGAUACCUUUGCUAGGAUUUCGGGUUACUGUGAGCAAACUGAUAUACACUCUCCCCAAAUUACAGUUGAAGAAUCAGUGUUAUUUUCUGCUUGGCUCCGUCUUCAUCCUGGAAUCGAUUCUAAAACCAAAUAUAGAUUCAUAGAAGAAAUCCUGGAAACAGUUGAGCUUUAUGACAUAAAAGAUGCCUUGGUUGGCAUUCCUGGGGUUAAUGGCCUGUCAACAGAACAACGUAAGCGGCUCACAAUUGCUGUGGAAGUUGUUGCUAAUCCCUCCAUUAUUUUCAUGGAUGAACCUACAACUGGUCUGGAUGCCAGAUCAGCUGCCAUUGUCAUGCGGGCUGUCAAAAAUAUUGUUGAUACGGGCAGAACAAUUGUCUGCACCAUUCACCAACCAAGCAUCGACAUAUUUGAGGCCUUUGAUGAGUUAAUCCUGUUGAAAAAUGGUGGACGGCUAAUUUACUGCGGGCCACUGGGUCACAGUUCAAGUAGGGUCAUUGAAUACUUUGAGAACAUUUCUGGGGUUCCAAAGAUUAGAGACAACUAUAAUCCAGCAACGUGGAUGUUAGAGGUUACUUCAUCUUCAAUGGAAGCCGAACUAGGAAUCGAUUUUGGACAAAUAUAUUCCACUUCCACUUUGUAUAAGAGAAACAAAGACCUUGUUGAAACAUUAAGUAAACCACCUGCUGAUUCAAACGAGUUGUCUUUUCCAUCACGAUUCGCGCAAAAUGGUUGGAGCCAGUUCAAGGCCUGCCUAUGGAAACAACGCUUGUCAUAUUGGAGAAGUCCUUCAUACAACUUGAUGCGCUCCAUGCAUAUGCUCGUCGCAUCAUUUAUAUUUGGAUUACUCUUUUGGAACCAAGGAAGAAACCUAGAUAGCCCACAGAGUUUAUUCAAUAUCCUUGGAUCGAUCUACUCUGCUGUACUUUUCAGUGGCAUAAACAACUGCUCUUCAGUUAUACCACACGUCUCCAUGGAGAGAACUGUUCUGUAUCGAGAAAGGUUUUCUGGGAUGUAUGCAUCAUGGGCUUAUGCUUUUGCACAGGUGACAAUCGAGUUUCCUUAUCUCUUUGCCCAAGCACUUGCAUUUGUCUGCAUUACGUAUCCUAUGAUCGGAUUUGAUUGGUCAGCCUACAAGAUUUUCUGGUACUUUUAUGCAUUCUUGUGCACAUUGAUGUACUUCACCUAUUUGGGAAUGCUGCUUGUUGCUAUAACACCAAGCUUUCCAGUAGCUGCUAUUCUACAAUCUGCAUUUUACACGCUAUUUAACUUGUUUGCCGGAUAUCUAAUUCCUAAACCGAAAAUUCCUAAGUGGUGGUUAUGGUUGUACUAUCUAACUCCUACUUCGUGGUCGCUCAAUGCAAUGCUUACUUCUCAAUUUGGUGAUGUGAAGACGAAGAUCAUAGGUUUUGGGGAGCCUAUAUCCGUUGAAGACUUCUUAAGAGAUUACUUUGGGUAUCACCAUGAACAGUUACCGCUCGUUUUUGUUCUUCUUGCAUUAUGGCCUAUCGUUCUUGCUGCUCUAUUUGCUUAUUGUAUAGCAAAACUGAACUUCCAAAGAAGGUAACGUUUGUAGUCAAAGUCAAACAUGUGUAAAUUCAGUAAGUAAAAUCAUCACAGUAUAAACAUGUGCAGAUUGUU